GUUUUCUGUGGUCGCCCGUUCCGGAGUGCUCUCCCCGUACCUCUCCGCCUCCUCCUACGCCGUGGCCGGUCAGCUCAAGCCGUUGCUGUCCUCCGGGGGGUGACCGCGCACGAGGACAAGGUGCCGCUGGAUGUCCCGAAACCGGCUGACAAGAAGCGGUGCGCCGGGGGGCCCAUCUCCGCUACCGCCCGGAUCAGCGGUCCGUCUUCCAUCCGCUUCCUGCACAGCGAUGUCACGGUCCCGGAAUUCUCCGACUAUCGGCGCCGGGAGGUGGCAGACAGCUGGAAAGUCCUCGCAGCCCAGCGACGAUUAGGCCAAGGAAGUGCUUACUCUUACUGGUCACCGGCAUCACCCACCGCGUGGCCGCGGCCUACAUCGCCAAGAACGUGGUCUCCCAGUUUCGUGUCAGCAUGAGCGCUCGGCCGACGUCCUGCCCAUGUCGAAGAUCGAGGUGAAGCUGUCCGAGAUCCCGGAAAGGGAAGAACGUGUGCUUCCAGUGGCGGGGAAAGCCGCUGUUCAUCCGUCACAGGACGGCCAAGGAGAUCGAGCAGGAGGGCGCCGUGCAGCUGAGCGAUCUUGAGGGACCCCCAACACGAACCUGGACAGGGUGAAGAAACUUCCGAGGUGGUGGUGGCCAUCCUCAUCGGAGUCUGCACUCACCUGGGCUGCGUCCCCAUAGCCAACGCCGGAGAUUUCGGCGGCUAUUACUGCCCGUGUCACGGCUCCCAUUACGAUGCCCCUCCGGGCGGAUCAGGAAGGGCCGGCGUCCGCUGCUGAACCUGGAAGUUCCCGAGUACGAGUUUGCAACCGAGAAGACUUGUAAUAGUUGGUAG